AUGGUGUGGCAGCAGGCGUUGUAUUUGGUUAAUUUGUUGUGCAAAUUCGUCCCCUGUGAUUACAACUUUCCAUACCCGGAUACCUCGCUCAGUGAACCACAAGCAUUUAAGGAUUUGAUCACCAUCGGUUUUGACGAGAAGGACAAGAACAAUCCAGGCACGUUGCGGAUCGGUGGGGGAGAUGGGAACGGAUGGGGGUGGAAUCCACAAGGUCACAUUGAUGAAAUCGACUACACGGAGAAUGAUCCUCUUGUCGCAAUCACGAAAACGGGGAAAUUGCGGGGGUACUGGAUGCAGGUUGUGGGAGGGAGGAAGAUACGUGCUUUCGAAGGGAUACCUUACGCAGUAUUGAUAUGUACAUGCCGAUGCCGAAACAAAGGGAUUAAUGCGAUCAAUUAUUAUUACGCAGAGCCACCCAUUGGCUACUUCCGCUUUUCGGAACCUAGCCCAAAAAUUCCAUGGUCUGGACUUCUCUGGGCGAAUAAAAAGGGUCCAAAAUGUCUCCAGUUUUCACAAAUAGAGCUAAAACGCAUAGUCGGUAGUGAGGACUGUCUUUGUCUUAAUAUCUACUCCCCGCAGGUACAAAAGGAAAAAUUUCCAGUCAUUGUAUUUAUUCAUGGAGGUGGUUUCCAAAUUGGUGGCGCAAAUGAUUACGGACCGUCAUACCUUCUACAACAGGAUAUUAUUCUGGUUACUUUUAAUUAUCGAGUUGGGGUUUUUGGAUUUAUGAGUACCGGCGACAAAGCUAGUCCAGGAAACUAUGGACUAAAAGAUCAAGCAAUGGCGAUCCAGUGGGUGUAUGAAAAUAUUGAGCAUUUUAAUGGCGAUCAUUUGCGAAUCACGUUAGUUGGACAGGAAGCUGGAGGAGCAAGCGUCCAUCUGCAAAUGUUAUCGCUUAGAGCAAGACCAUUUUUCCAAGCUGGAAUUUCCAUGUCAGGGACAGCCUUUAAUCCGUGGGUAUUUUGUAGUAAAGACGCAGCUCGUGAUCUUACAAAGUACUACGCGAAAAAAUUGCAUUGUCCAGUGCACUCUUCUGAUGCCAUUGUUUCCUGUUUGAGACGAGCUGAUGCUGCCGAACUGGCGAAGGCACAGAUUCCGCUUUUGGACGAUCUUCCCAUCCCGAUUUACUUGUUUCGGGCUGUCCUUGAAGAUAAUGACCAGAAAGAGGUUCCCUUCAUGACUGAAACUCCGGAACAAAUAUACAGAAAAAAUUUGGCCGCACCGAUACCUUGGAUUGCUGGGUUUACAGAGGACGAGGGACUCACUUUUUUACUACCAUCCGUUUUCCGUGGAACUAUAAAACAAUUGAGGUCACAUUGGAACAUUUUAGCUCCUGAUUUCCUGGAUUAUCAGAAUUUGAAGAAUGUAGAUCAAGACGACGUUACGAAAAAGAUUAACUGGCUUUACUUCAAGCAGAAAACGCCACUCACUGCAACAAUCAAGACGUUUAGCGAUGCUGUGUCGCUGAGGUUUACAGUGGCUGGUGUCCACAAAGCGUUACAAGCACAUUCCACUCUUGCUCCUACGUAUGGCUACAUGUUUUCGUAUAAUGGGAAGUAUAAUUUGGCUACGCUUGCAGGAAUUAAACCACAGGAAUGGGGCGUCGGCCAAGGGGAAGAUUUAUUUUACGUCCUGAACAGCACCCAUUUGUAUCAAGGAUUUCAAAAAACCGAUCAUGAAAUGAUUCUUGCAAAAAUUAUGGUGAACUUGUUUGGAAAUUUUGCAUCGAAAAGAUAUCCAACAUUUACUCUUGAAAAUCGAGAAGAUUUCCAAAUUUGGCAUCCCAUCACGGAUCCUCGAAACAUGUCAUUUUUGUUAAUUCACAAAAAGAUCAAAAUGAUUCCAGAGCCAUAUUUGAAACAAUCCGUGUACUGGGAGAGCAUUGGACUUCCGGAUACAACGCCGUACAUAAAUACUACCGAACACUAUCGGGAUUAUCAUUUCAUUACGGCCACACCUCAGCCUCCUCCCCCACGAAUUUUUUAUUCAGUUUCCAACCCAGAUAUUUUUGAUUUGAGGGGAAAUCUUAGCCUACGCGAGGCGAAGGCAGAGCCCCCAGAAGAUGUCAAGCUUGUGGAGGAUGAAGGAGAUAAUUCUUUAAAUUCGAAAGAGGUUCAAGACUCAGAACCAGAUUUUAAAUUCAAUUAUAACGACGUUUUUGAUGGGAUAACGUCGACGAGGGCUAUUUCUACAACAAGUACCACACCAAGUACAACAACUACGACUACUACUACGACGACUACUUCUGCUACAACUACCGAGAUCCCACCACCUUUUGACGAAAAUAUGGUAUUUCUUCCUCCCUGGAAUCCAUACGGUAUUAAAAUUACUCCCUCGACAAUGACAACUACCACAGAAGAACCACAUACCACUCCAAUUACUACAACUCCUAGUAGUACGACAGAUCCAAGCAUUUCUACAAGCACUACAACUACCGAAAACCCACUAACUGUAACUACUACAACAAGCAUCUCUCCAUUUCAAUUUGAAAUAGACGCUCCGCUCCUACAUGUUCCAACAGACGAUUCCCUUCCAACUCAAGAAGUGAUCAAUGAAAGUGGCAAUGAUGCCACCACCACUACAACAAUAUCGCCAGAAAUAUAUUUAGACUUGUACAAAUUUGAGAACGAGCUAUUGAACGACAUGAUCAACAAGUACCCUGUUUUUCCAUCUAUUCCACCACUUCCCCAUUCUUCGCUGCCAAAUAGCUUUGAUUUACUGGAAAGUGUUGAUGUUACGGACAACUCACGUGAAAAGGAAACUGAAAAACCAAGCUCAGAGGAAGUUAUCAAUCCAGUCAAAUCUGGUGAUGAAGCUGUGCACCCCUUAAAUCCUGAUGUCGACCCCAGUACUCCAACUCCACCAACUACUUUACAUGAGAAUACUUCUACCGUUAAUACCACUACUCUACCGCUACCAGCAACAACAACCACGACCUCACCGGAAAAUAUUCGUCACCCUGACAAAGCAUUGGACGAUGACAACAUGGACUUGGACAAGUUCGCUCUGGAAUUUAAGCAGGAUCCGUACCCAACCGAUGACACGUCUUCCGAAGAAGCAGAAAAGGACAAAAAUAUUAUUGUCAGAUCGACAUCUUCGACCCCAAGAGAUUACAAUUAUCAUAAUCAUCAUGACGAACGGUCGAGAUACUCGUCAACUUACAGGAUGCCACAUUCUCCACACAUAUCCAAUGAAAUAUCGGACCAUGAACAGUAUAAUAUUAUGAGAUGAGUCGAUCAAAUAAUUUAGUUAAUUUUACAACUUUAUUUUAGAAAGUAGAUAUAUUUCAAAUUAAAUCAAGUUAAAAUAGAUAAAAUUAUUAGGUUUGUACAGUCAAAUGUAUAAAUUAGGCCAGAAUUGUGUCAUUUAUACUAAAGUUGAGCAGAAUAUGUCCUGUGCGGGUGGAGCCUAAUAGUGAAAAACCAUUCAUUUCUCCUCUCUCCAACCAACUCUCUUGUCCUGAGGCCUACGGUUUUUCACCAUUAGGCUCCAUCCGCACAGUACAUAUCCUGCUCAACUUUAGUAUAGUGACCAUUAACUGUGAGAAUAAUUGUCCACAAUGCAACCACUUUUUGCGGUGGGCUGAGAACUAAUUUGGUACAAUAAUGGUGGUGGGUAUUGGUCAGUCGGUGUUGGUCAUUAUUCUUUUUUGUUGCGGUAUUAUUGCAUACGUGAGAUUUUGUUUUUCUUCACUAGGACUUGUUACAUGUAUUUCAGUUAAAUUUUCAGCUUUGGGAUACCUAUCGCAGUCAAUAAUUUGUAAUGAUCAUUAAUUUUAUGCAACAAAGUAUGAAAAACGGUACCUUAAUUUUAUGCAUUUUUGCUUCUGCACAACCACCAAACUGAUUGAAUUAUGACAUUCAACAAAAUCGUCAUCCUGUGCGUUUACGCGUAAAAUUAAAGAUUUUUUGCGACAAAACCGCAGAUCUUAUUUCUCUUUUUGUAUUACUAAUCCUAAGAGCUUUGUCCCAGUUGAUUGGUGAAAAUAAAUAAAUGAACUAAAAUUGUUUAUGAAGCGUGAAAUUAAGUGGAUCAAAUUAACAACUAAAGCUCUUUCUUUACGCAACAUGCAUCCAGUACGGAUUCU